CUGGAAGCAGUGCAGCAAACUACGUCAAAGUACGUCCAGUACAGUUUUUGGUUUUGCUCCUGACAGACUCAGAUUGUUAUUAUAAGUGUCUGACAACAUUAUGGUUAGGAUUCCUACAGAAAUAGACCAUUUUAUUGAAGAGUAAGAUCCCUUUUGUUUAACCAGAAACAUCUCUAAAUGUCACUACCAGACUCCAUUGAGAAAACCAGCAAUUUUACAGAGCAGAACACAGGAGCUGCUGGAAUACCGCUGCCUCUAUCGGUUAGUUAGUUUGUGUUGUUGUGUGGUACUUUUACUUUUCUAAAGGAUCUGAAUACUUCCUCCACCAGUGAAAGUCACACAAUCACUCAAACAAACUAACAGAUCGAGGCAGCGAUAUCCCAGGAAUUCCUGUGUUCUGCCCUGUAAAAUUGCUUGUUUUCUCAAUGGAGUCUGGUAGUGAUACAUAAAUCGCUAUAUAAAGCUGUUUUACAGUGUCCACUGUAAAAGUGUAAUACAACUACAGUUCUUAAACAUGAAUAAACCAUAUUUUCCUUGGAACAGGUUCAGAUGUUGAACAUCCAGCUGACAUCCACAGGCUGCUGUCUGUCAGUUCGUCUGCCACCGCUCUGUGUUUCCAUGUGACUUGUGUCCCUGCAGGGGAAACGGGAUCUGCUGCAGCCUGAUCUGAAUGUGGCCUCGGGUCACGUUAUGACACCUGCUCCCCCGCGUCACUACGAGGAUUUCACCGUCGUCAUAGUGAUGGCACCUGAGUUGGGAUACCUGAGUUGGGUGCUGGCAGGGAGCCAAGGCAGAGGAGCGCCAGCCUCUUUGAGGGGGUAGACCGGUCGAACACUGCGGAGGAUACAGACGCUUUUUAUUUUCCAUCAUGCCGAGAAAAAGUGAUAUAGCAAAAAUGGAUGACGUUGGGAUAGACGUAGACGGGGAUGUGAGUGACAGUGAUGAUGGUGGCACCCAGAGGAGAGGGAACAGGAGGCAGGCAGGUGGAAGAGGAGGUGCGAAGGGGAGAGGCCGGGGCAAAAAACCUGCUGAUGAGGACGACGAAGACGAGGAGGAGGAUGAAGCUCCCAGGGGACGCAGAGGCGCAAACAAGAAGAAGCCUGCAAAGAAACGUGGUGGUCAUGAUGACGAGGAUGAGAGCGAGGACGAAGCUCCCAAGAAGAAAGGAGGACGAGGAGGAGCAGCCAACAAGAGGAAAGGAGGCAAAGCUCAGGACAGCGAUGAGGAGGACAGUGACGAUGGGAAAGGAAAGAAGGGGAAGAAGGGAGGAGGGAAGAAAGGAGGCAAGGAGGAGGAGGAUAGUAAGGGAAAGAAAGGGAAGGACAAGGGGAAAGACAAGGAUGACGACAAGGACAAGAAGAAGAAGAAAAAAAAGGACGACAGUUCAACUGACUCCAACAUGGACUCUGAUGAGGAGGAGGAGUCCAUGUCGGAGGGAGAGAUGGCCCGGCUGAUGGAGGAGGUGGAGGAGAAGAAGAAACUGAUCGCCAACAUCAGGAACAAGCCAUGGAGGAUGAAGCGGAGGCUCACGCACCUGAAGGAGGCUCAACAGUUUGUGGAUAAGUUUGAAGGUGCUUUAGGCAAAGGAAAAGGCAGGAAGUGGUAUGCCUACAAAGUGAUGAUGACAAAGAAAUGGAUCAAGUUUCAAAGGGAUUUUGAGAACUUCAGAACAGCUUGUAUCCCCUGGGAGAGGAAGAUCAAAGAGGUGGAAAGUCACUUUGGAUCAUCUGUGGCAUCUUACUUUAUCUUUCUGCGCUGGAUGUACGGCAUGAAUCUCGUCCUCUUUGGUUUCACUUUUGGACUGGUGGUCAUCCCUGAGGUUCUGAUGGGCCUUCCCUAUGGGUCAAUUCCCAGGAAAACUGUUCCCAGAGCAGAGCAGGCGACGGCUCAGGACUACUCUGUCCUCAUGGACUUCAACGGCUACUGCAAAUACUCAGUCCUGUUUUAUGGAUAUUACAACAACCAGAGGACCAUUGGCUUGCUGAAAUUCCGACUGCCUCUGUCCUACCUCAUGGUCGGGAUUGGCACCUUCGGCUACAGCCUGAUGGUGGUGAUUCGCACAAUGGCAAAGAACGCUGAUGUGGGUGGCGGAGAUGGAGAGGAAGGAGAGUUCACAUUUGCCUGGAAGAUGUUCACCAGCUGGGAUUACCUCAUCGGCAAUGCAGAGACCGCCGACAACAAAUACGCCUCCAUCACCACCAGCUUCAAGGAGUCCAUUGUGGACGAACAAGAGAACCAGAAGGAUGAGAACAUUCACCUGCGGAGGUUCCUCAGGGUCCUGGCCAACUUCCUGAUUACCUGCAGCCUCGGCGGCAGCGGAUACCUCAUCUACUUCGUGGUGAAGAGGUCUCAGGAGUUUGCCACCAGGAACGACCUCAGCUGGUACGAGAAGAACGAGCUGGAGAUCAUCAUGUCUCUGCUGGGUCUGGUGUGUCCUCCUCUGUUUGAGACCAUCGCUGAGCUGGAGGACUACCAUCCUCGAAUUGCCCUCAAGUGGCAGCUGGGGCGCAUCUUCGCCCUCUUCCUUGGAAACCUCUACACCUUUCUGUUCGCCCUGUUCGAUGAGGUCAACACCAAGCUGGAAGAAGAGCAAGCCAUAAAGAACGCCUCCAUCUGGGCCAUGAAGGAGUACUACGCCAACUACUCACGUCUGGUCAACGACUCCUUGGCCACCCCGCCCCCCAUGAACCCUGCCGACGUCAUCAGAGGACCCUGCUGGGAAACCGCUGUCGGCAUUGAGUUUGUAAAGCUGACAGUGUCGGACAUCCAGGUGACCUACCUGACCAUCCUGAUCGGUGACUUCGCCAGAGCCGUCAUUGUCCGCUUCCUUAACUACUGCUGGUGCUGGGACCUGGAGGCUGGAUUUCCGUCGUACGGAGAGUUUGACAUCAGUGGGAAUGUUCUUGGAUUAGUCUUCAAUCAAGGGAUGAUCUGGAUGGGUGCGUUUUAUGCUCCCGGGCUGGUCGGCAUCAACGUGCUCCGCCUCCUCAGCUCCAUGUACUAUCAGUGCUGGGCCGUGAUGGCCACCAAUGUCCCCCACGAGAGAGUCUUCAAGGCCUCCAAGUCCAACAACUUCUACAUGGGUCUGUUGCUCCUCAUCCUCUUCCUCAGUCUGUUACCUGUCGUCUACACCAUCAUGACCCUGCCGCCUUCGUUUGACUGUGGACCCUUCAGCGGGAAGGAAAAGAUGUUUGAUGUGAUCAUGGAGACGAUUGACCUGGACCUGCCGGCCUUCAUGGGAACGCUCUUCAGCUACGCAGCCAACCCAGGCCUCAUCAUACCAGCUGUAUUACUCAUGGUACUGGCCAUCUACUACCUGAACUCAGUGUCUGAGGCCUACAAAAACUCCAACAUGGAGCUGAAGAAGAAGAUGCAGAUGGCUCGGGAUGAAGAGAAGAAUCGGAGAAAUAACACAGACAGCACCAAUCAGGUCAUGAAAGACCUGGAGGACCUGCUGCCGAACCGCUCCCUCGCCCCCCCUGCUCCGGAGCCUGAAAAACCACCAGAGCCGGAAGCAAAGCCAACCAAGACGAAGCCCGGCAAAGGUGUUAACCUGCAGAAAGAUGUGGCUCUGGCAUCACCCAACCCCAACGUUCAAAGGCCAGUGAGACAGCCACCGGGGCCGAGAGGAGCAGGACCGAUGCCGGGUCCAGGUCCAGGACGAGGCCGCGGGAGAGGGCCCCCUCCAAGAUAACGGUCCAAGAAAAUCACCUCCCUGUAGGUUGCUCAUCCAGUUUCUGUUUGUUUCAGUGCUGGAGACAUAAACAAGCACAAACACAUCCUCUCAUAUUUUCUUACUGACAUCAACAACAGUUUGACGUGGGAUAUCUGUUGGUUACCAUGUGAGUUUAACAUGGGUUAUGAUUGGCUAGCGCCCAAAAUUGAUCAUGCUACUAACACCAUGUUGACUUGAAAUACUUAUAAGACUUAAACACACGACUCUGAGACACCAGUCAAAAUUAAAAACAGUUAACCUUUAUUAAAGGUGCUAUAUGUAAGUUUUUGCUAUUGCUACAAAGCUGGUGUUAGCAUUAGCAGUUGUUACUAACCAGUGUAUAGCAUCGAAUCGCUAACAUGUUUGACCGAAUACUGUUUUACUCUGGUGAUGAAACAAAGAUCCCAGAUGUCUAGACACACUGUGAAACCAAAUGGCAGAGGAUACUCAAUAUCUUUAAUUAAUUACUGUCAAUUGAGCAUAUUUUCAUGCUGCUAUAUUGUGAUAAUUUUGAAGCUACAGGCUUUACUAUCUCAUCCAUCUACCACUCAGUUUGUUCACGUCCUUUAUGUAACACAGUGUGGUCAUGUCUGAUGUCUCAGUUAUUGAUUCUCAAGACAUUUUUGUUGUCCCUCACAUUUACACUGACUUUAUAAUUAAUGCUAAGAUUCUGACUUUGAAAUAAAAUAAAAUUGUUUGAUAAAAACUUUGUAGCAGUUCAAUUUAUAUCCUUUCACUUUGUGUUUUAUUUGGCACAAAAAUUCACUUCAAAGGAUUAUUAUUAAAGCUUUUCAUUAUUUUUUCAGUAUUGCUUGUCUAAACCUGUUGCCUACAUUACCCACAAUGCAACCCGACCACCAAGAGACUCAGGUGUGCUAUGCUUGUACCAGCUUCAAGCAGAGAUAAGAAGUGGGCUUUCUGACUUCACCCCCAGAUUUUUUUAUUUUCAAACUUCAGACCAAAGUGACAUCACUUCAGCUUCCACUGGAGCCACAAAAAACUUCAUAAAACUUUAUUCAAACAGGCAGCAGUACAGCCAAGACCUGUAUAUCGACUGUGAUGUAUAAAGUCAGUUUAACAGCCCAAGAGAAAAAUGUGGAACAUCAGGUUCCCUCAUGUAAUUGUGCAAAAGCAAAAACAAAAAUGUAUUGUGUCAGGUCAGUAUUUAGGUGAGUUUACUUCACCAGCUCCUUUAAAUUAUGAGCUACAGUCACAUUUAUCUGAGCUGACACUCUUUG